GGCUCCUGGAGCGUGCGGAGAAGGCAAACACCUCGGACGAGGCUUUCAAGGAGUUCGGCAUCCGAGAGGGCGUGGCCAUGUGCCAGAAGCUCCUGGACGGUGGUGCCCCAGGCCUGCAUUUCUACACCUUGAACCUGGAGAAGGUGGUGGUUGGCAUCCUCAAGGGCCUGGGAAAGAUCAGCGACGCCCAGGCUGCUGCCUUCCAGUCCGUCGAGGCAGAUGCGAAGUUCAUGGUCUCUGCACAGGGCAUCACCACCGGAACGCAGGUCUCCAACAGGCCAACUCUCCCGGGCAACAAGCCGCUGAAGGAGGCAGAUCCCGUGAUGUUCGACCUCGUCCAGCAGGAGAAGGCCAGGCAGACGCGCUGCAUCGAGCUCAUCGCGUCAGAGAACUUCACUUCCCGAGCCGUCAUGGAGUGCCUGGGUUCAGCCCUCACGAACAAGUAUUCUGAGGGCCAACCUGGAAACCGUUACUACGGCGGCAACGAGGUGAUCGACAAGGUGGAGAACCUUUGCAAGGACCGCGCCUUGAAGGCAUUCGGCUUGGACGAGAAGGCAUGGGGCGUCAACGUCCAGCCAUAUUCUGGCAGCCCUGCGAACUUCGCCGUGUACACAGCUCUGCUGCCGCCGCAUGCCAGGGUCAUGGGCCUGGACCUGCCAUCCGGUGGGCACUUGACCCACGGCUACUACACGGCCAAGAAGAAAAUCUCCGCCACCUCCAUCUACUUCGAGUCCCUGCCCUACCGGGUGCACCCCGAGACUGGGUUGAUCGACUUCGAUGAGCUGCGAAAGACUGCUCUAGUCUUCCGCCCGGCCAUGAUCUUGUGCGGUGCCUCCGCCUACCCUCGUAUCAUCGACUUCGGCAAGUUCAGGGAGAUUGCAGACGAGGUGGGUGCGAUCCUGAUGGCCGAUAUUGCUCACAUCUCCGGCCUCGUUGCGACAGGAGAGCACCCUUCUCCUUUCGAGCACUGCGACAUCGUGACCACCACCACCCACAAGUCGUUGCGUGGUCCGCGAGCCGGCAUGAUCUUCUUCAAGUACACAGACAAGAUCCCGGACAUCAAGGAGCGAAUCGACAUGGCCGUCUUCCCGGCCCUGCAGGGCGGACCCCACAACCAUCAGAUCGGUGCUUUGGCCGCUCAGCUCUUGGAGGUUGACAGCCCCAUGUUCAAGGAGUAUGCCAAGCAGGUGAAAGCCAACGCCAAGGCCUUGGCAGACACCCUCAUGAGCAAGGGGCACAAGCUUGCGAGUGACGGCACCGACAACCACUUGCUGCUGUGGGACUUGCGACCUCACGGACUCACGGGCUCGAAGGUGGAGAAGAUCUGUGAGGCGGCAUCGAUCACUUUGAAUCGAAACGCGGUGCACGGCGAUGCAUCAGCUCUGGCCCCGGGAGGAGUUCGCGUGGGAGCCCCCGCGAUGACCACUCGCGGCUGCACUGAGCAGGACUUCAAGACCAUCGGUGACUUCCUUGACCGGUGUUGCCAACUGGCACUGAAGAUCCAAGCCGAGAAAGGCAAGAAGUUGAAGGACUUCGAGGCUGCCAUUCCGAGCAACCAGGAGGUUGCCGCGCUGAAGAAGGAGGUGGAGGCCUGGGCCAGCAAGUUCGGAUACCCUGGGCUCUAG